AUGGCCCUGUCUAGGCCCCUUGCGGCCCCUCUGCGGCCCCGUCUAGGCCCCUUGCGGCCCCUCUGCGGCCCCUCUGCGGCCCCGUCUAGGCCCCUUGCGGCCCCUCUGCGGCCCCUCUGCGGCCCCGUCACCGCCACCUGCGGCCCCGCCGCCGCCGCCUACGGCCCCGUCGCCGCCACCUGCGGCCCCGACGCCGUCACCUGCGGCCCCGGCCAAGCCGUUGACUUUGAGGUCUGGGUCGAUGAUCUCCAGCUGUUUCUACAGUGCGAUAGGGUAGACGGACUCUCUGUGUUCGAUCUCACCUCUAAUGUUUCUCCCGCCCCACCUGCUACUGCUGACAGCACUGUUUGCUCACAGUGGGCCAGACGCGAUGCUGCUGCUUGCCUUGCUGUGCGUCGCCACUUACCGACUGCUGAGCGUGCGUACUUUAGCCAGUACAAGAGUGCUAAGACCUUGUACGACGCUGUAGUUGCACGCUACUCCUCCCGUGCCACUGCUGCUCUUAGCCGCCUCAUGCUGCCGUACCUGUUCGUUGACCUUGCUGCUUUUCCCACAGUCGCUGACCUUAUCACUCACCUUCGCACUAGUCACAUUCGCUACCGCGCUGCGCUUCCUGCUGAGUUCUGUGCCAAGAACCCCCCCCCCCCCCCCCCCAUGUACAUCACCCUCUACUACAUAGUCAACCGCCUCCCUGACUCCCUUCGCGUAGUCAGGGACCACUUCCUCUCAGUUUGCCCCACCACACUCACCGUCGACCUCCUCGAGGAGCGCCUCCUAGCAGCAGAGAAGAGCAUAGUCGCUGUAGGAACCUCUCGUGGUGACCCCCGCACCCCCAUCUUUGAGGGGUGUUCCCCCUCCCCCCUCUUGCCCUCUGUUGCUUCUGCUGCUGCGGCCGACCUCGUUGGUUUCGAGUCGGUCGGCGCUGCGUCUGCCCCGAGCGGGAGACGCCGCACCGGCAAGGGCAAGGGGGGCAAGGGCACUGGAGGGGCUAGCGGGUGCGGUGGAGGUGGUGGUGGAUGUUAG